ACUCUCUUUAUUUAUUCCUGCGAUUUUAUUAUUUCACACACGCGAAAAACGCACAUUCUUGAAAACAACUCUAUUCACCCCCCUCUAGAGUUGCACAUUUGUCUAACAAUUGGUAUCGGAGCAGGAAGUUCUUCGAAUACGUUAUUUUUUCAGGAACUAAAAGAUCAAAUGGCAUCAAGAAUGUUCAACGCAGGAGUGACUGAGGGACAAUCAACCACGAGGCCACCUUUGUUCGAUGGAACAAACUACUCGUAUUGGAAGGAGAGGAUGAGAAUCUUUAUCCAAUCCAACGACUACAAGCUGUGGUUGAUUGUGAAGAACGACUGCAGAGUCCCAAUGAAGAAAGUCGGUGAAGUAAACGUCCCCAAAACUGAAGAGGAGUUCACCGACGAAGAUUGCAAAAAGAUGGAGCUCAACGCAAAGGCAAUAAACAUGAUUUAUUGCGGUGUUAAUGCGGAUGACUACCACAAAAUCUCGCGGUGUGAAACCGCAAAACAAAUGUGGGAGAGAUUGGAGGUCACCUACGAAAGAACCGCGCAGGUUCGGGAGGCCAAAAUCGACCAUCUCACCCACGAGUACGAACUCUUCUCAAUGAAAGAAAACGAGAAGAUUGAGGAAAUGUUUGAGAGGUUCUCUAACAUCAUUAAUCCUCUCAAUCUUCUCGGGAAGACAUACACCGACCGAGAACUUGUAAAAAAGAUGCUACGAAGCUUAUCCCCAAAAUGGCGUUCAAAGGUGGUUGAAGAGAAGAGCAAGAGGUCUAUUGCUCUACCCGCAACAAUAUCAUCCCACAACAACGUUGAUGAUGAAGAUGAUGACAGCGACGACACCGACCUCGGACUCUUCGUCCGAAAAUACAAGAAGAUGAUGCUCAAGAGGGGAGCCAAGAAGAACACUCCACCCAAGUGCUAUGGGUGUGGUGAAAUUGGACACAUCAAACCAAUGUGUCCAAAGCUCAAAAACGAGAAGGACAAAAGGGCACCGAAGAAGCAACGUGCCUACAUUUUUUGGGAGAACGGCGGCUCCGGGAGUGAAGACUCGGAAACGGAGGAAGUGGCCAACCUAUGUCUCAUGGCCAUUGAGGAUGGUUCUUAUGACGAUGAAGAAGAAAUCGUUAAGGAAAAGGAACCGGAAGAAGAUAAAAUGCAGGAACAAACGGAGCUUCCUAAAGAAUGGAGAACAUUGAAGAACUACCCAGGGAAGAUGCCAAGGUGCAAGAACGCUUCAUCACGUCAAGAUUCGGUGGCAGAAGAAGGUGAGAGGCCAUGGCGUCGUGAAGGGAGCAAGUACAUCCACAUCCAAACCGGACUCGCCUUCAACACUGGGGCUUCAACCGAGAGGUUCCACAACACCUUUCUCAUGAAGGAGAUCGUCUCACCUAAGAUCGUGAAUAAGGACCUCUUCAAAUCGGUGACCUAUGCCCCGAACCUUACUCGGGACACUCAGGUGCCGGUCAAGAAGGCUUGUUUCAUCACUGAAGCCAAGUUUUCCCAAAUCGUGUACCGUGAGGAGGGCGAUGCUGCACCAAAUCUGGACCUGAUAGUCGCAGACGAAGAAGAGAGCCAAAACGAGACUCAAGCUGAGUCAUCUCAUGCCAGAGGAAGUCGAGCCACGGAGCGCGUCACUCGUCAACGCAAGACUCGUCCAAGAGAAGAAGCACCAAAACCAUCUUGGGUAAAGAGAAUCUUCGAUACUCUCACGUGCAUCCGAGAUGACGUUCGCCAGCUCAACGAGAGGAUGACUCGUUUUGAGCAAUCACGCUCUUACCGUGGCCCGCGUCACAGCUUUAGCGGAGGAGCUCGUCCGGCGAACUCUCUUUGAUUGUUUUCCUUCUGUCUUAACUUAAUAUGAUAUAUUGUUAUUUGCUGUUGUUGUUGUUAAUGACUCUUUUGGUGGAUGAUUAUGUUACCAUUAUGUAUUUGUUUGUUGGUUUGGCAAUAUGGUUCUCUUUUAGAACAUAUUGUCCCUUUGUGGCAUUCUUGUUAGAAGUUCUUUUUUUUAAGAAAAUUUCUUGCAAUUU